AUGAAACUUGCGACGCUCGCCAUCCUCGCCGGACUGGCUCUGUGUCUGGCAGCGAGCAUGGUCCAGGCCAACGUCAUCGGCAUUGAUCUUGGCUCGCUCAACACCAAGGUUGCGCUGGUCAAGCCGGGCGUGCCGAUGGAGGUUGUACUCAAUGUCGAGUCCCGGCGCAAGACGCCGACCAAUGUGGCGUUCUACGAGGAUGAGGUUAUGGUCGGCAGCCCUGCGCUCAAGCUUGCCACCCGCUCGCCCAAGCACGGCGGCAUCCGGGCCAUGCAGCAGCUGCUUGGCCAUCCAAUCUCGUCACCGCUUGUCGAGCACGCUAAGGAUCUCAACACGGUGCUCGAGGUCGUCGAGGCCCGCGAUGGCCGCGGCGGAAUCGGCUACGCUCCGCAGCCCGGCUCGGAGACGUCGCUCACUGUUGAGGAGGCUACCGCGCUCGUCCUGCGCUAUCUCGCGGGCACGGCGUCGGACUUUGCCGAAGUCAACAUCAAGAAUGCGGUCAUCACUGUUCCGCCUUUCUACACCGCCGUGGAGCGCCAGGCCGUGCUUGACGCCGCAAAGCUGGCCAACCUCCGGGUUCGCUCGCUCCUCAACGACAACACUGCGGUCGCGCUCAACUACGCGCUCGGACGCACGUUUAACGAGACUGCCGACGCGCCGAAGCGUGUUGCCUUUUACGACAUGGGUGCCGGAGCCACCGUUGCUACCGUCGUCGACUUUUACGGCAAGACCGUCAAGUACGGAUACAAGAACAAGAAGAACAAGACUGUGACCGCUUUUGACGUCCGCGCCGUCGCCUACGACCGCCGCCUCGGCGGCCGCGACUUUGACGCUCGCCUUGUCCAGAUCAUGGCGGACCAGUUUAACGACGCCGUCGACUUUGACGUCCGCACCAAGGCUCGCGCCAUGGCCAAGCUCGACCUUUACGCCGCCAAGGUCAAGGAGGUGCUCUCGGCCAACACUGAAAUGUACACCUCGAUCGAGUCGCUUGUGGGCGACGCCGACUACCGUGGCCACAUUACCCGGGACGACUUUGAGCUGGCGUCGACAGACCUGCUCGCCCGGGUCACCCUCCCGCUGCAGGCGGUCCUCGCCGAACUCGGCCUCGAGCCGGCUGACCUCGACGAGGUUGUUAUGGUCGGCGGUGGUGGGCGCAUCCCGCGCAUCCAGUCGCUGCUGAUGGAGUUCCUGGGCCGCGACUCGCUCGAGAAGAAUGUCAACGCAGACGAAGCCGCCGUCCUCGGCGCCGCCUUCCACGGCGCCCGCCUCUCGUCGUCGUUCCGCGUCAAGGAAAUCGCCUUUGUCGACCGCCUCCUCCACCCCAUCGAUGUCGCCUACGCCGACGCCGUGUCUGGCGAAGCCACCGCUGUCACGGUCUUCCCCAAGGGCAACAAGCUCGACUCGAAGAAGGCCAUGACAUUUGUCCGCGACAGCGACUUUGACUUUGCGCUCGUCUACUCGGAUGCAACCUCUCUUGACGCGCCUGAGCUCUCCACCAUCGCCACCUACCGCGUCUCGGGCAUUGCCGACGCUGCCGCCCCGCACGCUGACACCAUGACCGAUGGCACUGUUCCGCGCAUCAAGGUCUCGUUCCACCUCGACGCGUCAAGCAUGCCGGUUGUGACCAAGGCCACACUGUACGUCAACGUUACCGAGCCCGUGGAGGCCGAGGCUGCCGCUGAUGCCGGCGCCGACGCUGACGCUGCUGUUGACACUGCCGCCGAUGCCGACGCCGACGCCGACGCCGACGCCGACGCCGACGCCAACGCCGACGCCGAUGUCGGCGCCGCCGAGCCCGCCGAGCCUGCAGGUCCCACGACCAAGAUGGUCAAGAUCCCGCUGUCGGUUGAGCGUGUGGCGGGCGCCCACAUGCAGGCAAUGGAGGCCGAGCACUUUGUCGACUCGCGCCGCAUCCUCCAGGCCAUGUUUGAUGCCGACAAGGCCAAGCGCGACCAGGCCGAGGCCAAGAACUCGCUCGAGUCCUUCAUCUACGCCACCAAAGAGCGGCUGUGGGACGAGGACAUUGAGGAGGUGACGACCGAGGAUGAGCGUGAUGCGCUCAUGGAGAAGCUCUCCGAGCUCUCGGACUGGCUCUACGAUGAGGGCGAGGACGAGACCACCGAGGUCUACACCGCCAAGCUCGCCGAGCUCAAGACCGAAACCGCCGACAUGCACAUGCGUGCCCGCGAAAUGGCGACCCGGCCCGCCGCCCGCGAUGCCCUCGCCACCCUGCUCACGCGUGCCCGCCGCAAGCUCCUCAAGUUCACCAACGAGACCGCCCGUCUCGAGGCCGAGCACGAGUACCCGCGCGUGACCCGUGAUGAACUCGCCGCCUUUGCCUCCCAGAUCAACCGGACGGCUGACUGGCUGGCCGAGACUGGUGCCGAGCAGGACACUCUCGAGCUCACCGCCAACCCGGUUCUCCUCACUAAGGCGCUCGAGGCCAAGGCCGAUACCAUCAACCGCAAGAUGACCUGGUACUCGCGCAAGCCCAUGCCGACUUCGUACCGCAAGCCCAAGCCGGUUCCGCCGGCCCAGCCCGUGCCCGAGGACACGCCUGAGGAGAACGAUCCGCCGGUCUUCACCACCAAGCCCUCCAACGAAGCUCGCCUCAACGACACGUACACCUACGUUUUCAACGUCACCGACGUCGACGAUGACGCCGCCGACCUCGCCGUCGACGCCACCACCCUUCCGACCUGGGCCUCGCUCGAGUCGUUUGGCAACGGCACUGCCGUUCUCUCUGGCGAGCCCGACGCGCUGGGCCACCACCCUGUCGACCUUGUGGUUAAGGAUCCGCAAGGUGCUACCGGCACGUAUUCGUGGUUUAUCUACGUCCGCCGCGCUGUCGUCGUCAAAAAGGCCGCGAAGCCGACCAAGGCUGCCGACGCUGAUGCGACUGAUGCUGGCGCCGACGCCGACAAGGAUGCCGGUGCCGAUGCCGAUGCCGGUUCUGCUGACGCUGAUGCUGCUGAUGCUGGUGCUGACGCUGCCGAACACGCUGCUGAGCCUGCCGAUGAUCGCGAUGAGCUGUAA